CUGGUGCUUUUGCAGAUAUGGCUUCAGGGCUGGCCCAGCUGGGACUCAAUUUGCGGAUUGUACGACCACUUACCACCCCUGAGAUCUUGUAUCUGCAGCCCAUACAUGGAUUCAGUCACGUUGGCAUAGCUGUGGCUCGAGCACCACUUGCACCACUCCAUGUGGCCAUUAUGCGAAGCUUUGACUUAAAGGUAUGGUUCUCUGUUGCUGGCUGCUAUAUUUUAUCUGCAGUUGUCUGGUCACUACUAACAACCAGAACCCAUUAUGAAAGUGUUCUACAAGAGAUACAGAAAUUUAUACUUAUUGGCUGUGGAAAUUCAGCACAAUCUUCAUCACAGAAAUUCUUUGCCUCAGCAUGCGCUAUUUUUUCUCUCAUUAUUGUUACCAUCUUUCAGGGAUCAUUUGUUAAUGUGUUGACAACGCCGGUAUACGACCGUGAUAUAAACACAGCAGCUGAACUUCUUCAAUCUGGACUUCCUAUUGGAACAAACAGAUCAAGCUUAAUCCAUAUGUUCCAUUUGGCUGCAGAAGGCUCACCAGUAAUGACUGAAUUGUGUAAGCACAUGAAAACAGUUGACAGGCACUACCUAUCAGAAUCAGUAUUUGAGAGGAAACAAGCACUAAUAAUCAGCAAUACUGGCUUUGAUCAACUCACAAAUCACUACCCAACAGAAGCAAAGCUUCUACAUAUGGUAAAAGACACAUUCAUUGUUCUCCAACGUGCAUAUACAGCUCAUGUUGAAUGUCCUGUAAAAGAACAGGUGGAGAGGAUACUUUGGUACCUAACAGAAUCUGGACUACGAAAUCACUGGGACAAACAAGCAUCAAGAGCUGAAUUUACACACUGUUCUCUGCCUGAAGAAACUCCAAAGCCAUUCAGUCUUAAGCAGUUUAAAAUUGCUUUCUAUACUCUCUGCCUUGGCCUCUUUUUCAGCAGUAUUGUAUUUCUAUUAGAGGUAACCAACUACAAAAGAUGUCAAAAAGUUUGUACCUUACAGUAAAAGCCAUGGUGGCUCUGUAAAUAUAAAAUGGCAUCCAAGUGCAAAUAAAAGAUUUUGUGAUAUGGCGAUAAAAUAAAUUAUACAACACAAGAAAUAAAAAUAAUUUUAUGUUACCCACACACCAUUUGAAAUUACAUGCACGAACUCCACAGUAUAUGGGGAUGACAAUAUAUAACAAACUAAUGGGCAAAAAUAUAUUUAAUAUGAAGCCAGAGAGUCUAUAAAUAAGGCUACAGCAGAUUCUGUGGGAGAAAUGCUACUAUUCAGUAGAAGAAUUCAUAGAGGAUGACAUGAUAAUUUGAGCAAGGGGUAAUUAAUUGUUAGUCUUUUAUUGUAUGUGUAACAAAAUUAUAUUAUUAUUAUGAUGCCAUUUGUUAAAAUCAGUUGUUGCAAUUAAUUGGUAGUUUUUUAUUGUAUGUGCAUUUUUAUAUUGUAUUAUUGUUAUGGUACCAUUUGUUAA